GAGAGAGAGAGAGAGAGAAAUGGCUGUAGGAGGAGGAGGAGGAGGAGGAGGAGGAGGUAAUGAGUUUCAGCCACACCCAGUGAAGGAACAGCUUCCGGGCAUCGAUUUCUGUGUCUCAAGCUCUCCCGCUUGGCCUGAAGCCAUACUUCUGGGAUUCCAGCACUACUUGGUGAUGAUUGGAACAGUUGUUAUCAUCUCAACCAUUAUUGUCCCUUUAAUGGGUGGUGGCAAUAUGGAGAAGGCUGAGGUGAUAAACACUUUCCUCUUUGUUGCUGGUAUAAACACACUCUUGCAGUCUUUGUUCGGGACUCGGCUUCCGGUGGUGAUGGGGGCUUCUUAUGCUUUCAUAAUUCCCAUUAUAUCUAUUUCCUUGUCGAGGAGGUUCAAUAUGUACGUAGAUCCCCAUCAGAGGUUUAGACAAACCAUGAGAGCCGUGCAAGGAGCACUCAUUCUUUCAUCUCUCCUCCAAAUGGUUAUUGGGUUUUUUGGUUUUUGGAGAAUCCUUGCGAGGUUUCUCAGCCCUCUUUCUGCGGUUCCUCUUGUAACUCUAACUGGACUGGGUCUAUUUGUGCAUGGUUUCCCACAACUGGCCAAUUGCAUUGAAGUCGGACUCCCAGAGCUGAUUAUAUUGAUUAUUUUAUCUCAGUACAUACCCUCCAUGAUUAAAUCAGACAAAAUCAUGUUGGGCAGAUUUGCAGUGCUACUCUCAGUUGUGAUUGUAUGGGUAUAUGCAGUUAUUUUGACUGUAGCUGGUGCAUAUAAUAAUCGACCUUUAAAAACCCAAAUUAGUUGUCGCACCGAUCGAUCUGGGCUCAUUUCUGCCUCCUCUUGGAUUAGGGUUCCGUAUCCAUUUCAAUGGGGGCGCCCUACAUUUAAUGCUGGAGAUGUUUUUUCAAUGAUGGGCGCUGCUUUUGUUGCUAUUGUAGAGUCCACAGGUACAUUUAUUGCUGCAUCAAGAUAUGGGAGUGCCACACAUAUCCCUCCUUCUGUAAUCAGUCGUGGUGUUGGCUGGCUGGGAAUAGGCACACUUCUGGAUGGCAUUUUUGGCACAGGAAGUGGCUCCACUGCAUCAGUUGAAAAUGCAGGUCUUUUGGGAUUAACCCGGAUUGGAAGUAGAAGAGUCAUUCAAAUAUCCGCAGCAUUCAUGCUCUUCUUCUCUGUUUUAGGAAAAUUUGGGGCCAUCCUUGCUUCUAUUCCAUUACCAAUUGUGGCAGCCUUAUACUGUGUUCUCUUUGCCUAUGUUGUUUCAGCUGGCCUUGCUCUUCUUCAAUUCUGCAACCUAAAUAGCUUCAGAACAAAAUUCAUUAUAGGCUUUGCUCUCUUCAUGGGCCUUAGCGUGCCUCAGUAUUUCAAUGAAUACCUAUUGAUAUCCAGUCGGGGACCUGUCCACACUCGCGCCACAUGGUUCAACAACAUCAUGCAAGUGAUUUUUUCUUCUCCGGCAACCGUGGCUAUUAUAGUCGCUUUCUUGUUGGAUACCACUCUCAGCCGUGGCCACAGCUCUACCCGUCGAGAUAGUGGGAGGCAUUGGUGGGAGAAGUUCAGGUACUUCAAUCAGGACACUAGAAGCGAGGAGUUCUAUGCAUUGCCUUAUAACCUUAAUAGGUUCUUUCCUUCAUUCUGACUGAUUAGUUCUUGCUUGCCAUUGUUGACCAGAAAUGGAGAAAUACUAGUGAACUUGUUAGAAUUUGUUAUGCCUAUGGCAUUCUUUGGUUCUAUCAUAGUCAUUGAGUGCAAAAUACAAGAGAAUCGGAAAUUAUAUAGCAGUAUAGCUGAGCAUAAGAAACAGACUUGGUGUUGCAUACUUGGUUAAUCUUGUAUAUAUCUAUAUAUCUUGUUAUAGAUGAAAAAUAUGCUAUUACAG